ACGUCGCACCACGUGUUGAGAUUCAUUUGCGGGAAAUCUCACUAUUUUGUUGUUUCUGAAUAAAAUCGUCCCCAGAACAUCGCCAGAAAAACACCAUGGAAGCGAAAGAACUAAAGUUGGGUGGAAAGGUUAUUGAGGGGAAGACGAAGAUAGUUUAUGAUAUAGUUGAUCAGCCAGGUCGGGUUCUCCUCCAGUCUAAAGAUCGGAUUACAGCUGGAGAUGGAGCAAGAUCACACGAACUUGCAGGAAAGGCAGCCAUUUCAACCAGUACAACAUGCGCUGUUUUCAAACUUCUGGCGGAAGCAGGUAUUCGAACUCAUUUUAUUAGUAAACAUUCGGACACAGCGUUAUUGGCGUAUAAAUGUGUCAUGAUACCCAUAGAGUGGGUGACGAGACGAAUAGCAACUGGAUCAUUUAUUAGACGACACACUGGUGUACCGGAGGGAUAUCGCUUCUCUCCACCUAAAUUAGAAACUUUCUUUAAGGAUGAUGCUAAUCAUGAUCCCCAAUGGUCUCAUGAAGAAUGUAUAGCUGCUAAAAUAAAAGUAGGAAACCGAGUUAUAGGAGAAGAUGAUAUUAAUAUUAUGGGCAAGAUGACUGUUGCUGUAUUUGAGAUAUUAGAACGAGCAUGGGCGUCAUUAGACUGCAGUCUUAUUGAUAUGAAAAUAGAAUUUGGAGUAAGAGUAGACACAGGAGAAUUGGUUGUGGGUGAUCUUAUUGAUAGCGAUUCGUGGAGAUUGUGGCCAGCGGGUGACAGUAGGCUAAUGAAAGAUAAAGAAGUCUACAGACAACUGAAGGAUGUGACAUCAGAAGGUCUUGAAACUGUCAAGAGAAAUUUUCAGUGGGUAGCAGAACGAGUAGAGAAAUUGAUCCCCAAGCCAUCCAGUCGAGCUGUUGUGUUAAUGGGAUCCCCGUCAGACACAGCACACUGUGAAAAGAUACGAGAUUAUUGUAAAAGUUUUGGUGUGCCGUGUGAAUUGAGGGUGUCGUCUGCUCACAAGGGUUCCAAGGAUACACUGCAAAUACUCAGUGAAUAUGAAGGUGAGGGUAUACCUACAGUAUUGAUCGCAGUAGCUGGACGUAGUAAUGGUUUAGGUCCCGUUUUAGCUGGUAACACCACCUGGCCUGUAAUCAACUGUCCACCUGUUAGUGCCGACUGGGCAGCUCAAGAUGUUUGGUCAUCUCUUCGUCUUCCUUCAGGUCUCGGUUGUGGUACAGUCAUUUCAACAGAAGCAGCCGCUCUCAAUGCUGCACAGAUUUUGGGUCUCUCAGAUCAUGUGAUUUGGAGUCGAUUGAGAGCAAAACAAGUGAAUGCGAGAAUAGCCUUAAUACAAGCCGAUCAAAAAGUAAGAGACAAUAAAUAAGGUGGUGUCUCUUUCAAUUAACAAAACAGACAAGUGAGAGUUGGAUACAUGUGAAUGUGGUAUGUUUGAACAAGCUGUUGUCAUUUAGUAUUUCCUAUUAUAAACUCUAGAUGUAUGGCUGUCACCUUUCAAUUGAUAUUAUCAACUUUGUAAAUAAUAGAAAUCCGUAUUACAAACAUGACCAAUUGAGAUAAUAAACGUUCCAAAACAGUAUUUAGACAACCCAUAUACAUGUAGGCUGAGGUGUGGAUUAAUCUUCAACUUUUUUGCAUUUACUGGUCUAAUGAAGAUGGUCUGUUUGGUUUACUCCUACUGCUAAAGAUCUCUACACGCAAGCAAAUUAUGGGAACAUAAUUGUACCUAUGUUAGUCCCGAAAUGACUAAUGAAUGGACAUUAAACGCAAUUUCCAUCUCCAAAAUAGGUGUCUGGGGGUGGGGGGAAUGGCCAACGUGUGCUAUCGGGCGUGUUGAAUCAGAAGGUCUGUCAUUUGGUCAAGUGUCAUGGAUUUGAUUCCCCACUUGUACGUGACAAGGAGUAGGGUCGACUUUCCAACCUCAUGUGUUUUGUCUUGGUCCUCCAGUUGCCUCCCACUGCUAAAGACCCCUACACACACUCAAAUUUUUAAAAUAAAUUGAACCAUAUGUUAGUUCCGAAAUGACUACUUUGUGUCGAGUGGACGUUAAACCCUAUUUCUCUCUCUCUCUCCCAUCCAAUAUAUUAGACAAGUUGAAGUGAUGUGCAGUUACUUUGAAUUUAGCUACCUGUUCAUUAAUCUGUUGGUGCAGAAAAGUAGGAUGUUAAACCCCAUUUCAUUUCAUUUAUUUCACUUAACCCAUACAAUGACCAACCUUCCAUAAGUCUUAUCCUCAGUUUGUGCAGAAAAGUAGGAUGUUAUACUCCAUUUCAUUUCAUUUAUUUCACUUGACCCAUACAUGACCAACCUCCCAUAAGCCUUAUGCUCUGUUUGUGCAGAAAAGUAAACCCUAAUCCCCAUUUCAUUUCAUGUAUCCUAAUGUUAAUCUAUGAUUUAUUAAUCCCAGUUUGAAUCAUUGUAAAAGAAAAAUAUAAGAUUUAUCCAGGCCCUGAGUUCACAAAGCAUUCUCAGACUUAAGAAUUUACUCAACUUUCAAUCACUGUUUAUGAGAAAUAUCUUUGAUCCAGAAACACAAUACCUUACACAUAGUCUCUUAUUGAUGUAUUUGAUACAUUAAAAUAACACAAGUUUUAUAAAGGACUAUAUGUUAACAAUUUUGAGUAAAUUCUUAACUUAAGUCUGAGAAUGAUUUGUGAACUGGGGGCCAGUAUUUAGCUUAAUCUAUGCAUAGAACUAGACUACUAAGUGGAGCACCCACUGUGUGACGUCACUACUUUAUAUUAAAGGCUGGUCUCUGAGAAUAAUACUAGAUCUUUGUGUCAUCUGGAGAAUAUCUUCUCUAGGGUUAGGGUUCGGGUUAGGUUUAUAAAUUACAUGUCAAACGUACAAAUUGAAGCUGUAACAACGGUUGAUUGUGGCUAAAACUAUUCUGAAGGGUUAGGGUUAGAAUUGUGGGUAUAAACACUGACAGAUAUUCUACAGAUCGGUCAAGAUCCAGUAGCCUGCGGUCUCUGACCCAGAGAAUCAGCACAACUUACUUCAGGUUUCUACUGACCCAAAUAAAAUGCCUGGCACAAAUUGUGUUAUGUUUGGCUAUUGUGUUAUGUAAAAAAGAAAGAAAUCGGGGCUAUCCCGUUAGUAUUCUAGUUCUAUGAUCUGUUAUAGGUAGUGUUAUCAACUUGUUUUAUUGUUUUAUUAAUGGCAUUAUCACUCAUAAUAUUAAUGAUCGACGCAUCGAAUUACCUAUUAACACCCAAAUAACACCCUCCUCAUUCAAAUAAUGAUCCGAAUGAGUCUUAUGAUCAGAAUUGGCCAAGAAUAUGGUCCCAAUCCGCCGAUUACCUUCUAUACUGGUAUAAAAUGGAAAUACCAGGUGGGAGGGUGAGAUUAUAAUAUCGGAUAUGGGAUGAAAACACAUCAUGCCGCUUGAGGUGUUUAUGGGAUAAUCUACUCGAAAAGACAAUGAAAGCAUACAUUAUGGUUUUAUGAACACAAAUCACAUACACGAGUUAUGUCCCUUCUCGCAAGUGAGCGUUAACUCCGACUUUGGCAGAAAACAGAAGCUUGUUUAACUAAAUUGUUAUUUUGUGGUUCUGAAUUUUGAAGUUAUUGGGUAAUACGAGGUGCCGUAAACCGAUCAAGGACCAACACACAUAUGAUAUCAUUCCUAUUCUCAUGUACAACAUUUAUAUUCUUUGAAUAAAAAUUAUUAAUAUGA